GCGCGUCUAUCGGAAGGUGUGACGGCUCGGAGGUUCGCGCGGCCGCGUCAAGUGUGCGAGGCGAUCGGAAGCGAGGGACACGAAUUUGGGACCUUUUCGUUUAUUCCUCGAGAGCAUUUUGGCCGACUGUCGCUCACCACGUGCUCGGCGAUCCCGCGACCUGUUGCUUCCUGUUCCUUCCACUCGAACGAAGCCUGUCUCGUCUCGAUAAUUCUUUCCGGAAAUAUCCCAGCCUCCCGACAAACCUUCGCACCUCCACGCGUCUCUCGAUCCUCCCUUCGCAUCUUCGGACAUUCUGAAAAACUCGCCACUUUCUUCAGCCCCAAAUAACGCUAUGAAAAUGCUGUCUGUUUUACAAAGGAGCUGCGUGAGAAUACCUCAACGAUGGGUGUUCGCGAUAAUGGGCUUUCUGGGGCUGUUCAACGCGUACACGAUGAGGGUUUGUCUAUCGAUAACGAUCAUCGAGAUGGUGAUCCCUGCGAACAAAACGAUGGAAACGGUGUUAAACGACACGAGUAUUUGUCCCGCUGAAUUGGAAGACGACACGAAUCUUCCGAUUGGAAAUACCAUGGAGCGGUACGACUGGAGCGAGCCGUUGCAGGGUAUAAUUCUGUCCUCGUUCUACUGGGGUUACGUGGUCACUCAUCUGCCAGGUGGAAUGAUGGCAGAGAGGUUUGGCGGAAAGUAUUCUCUGGGGCUGGGUAUUCUCUCGACGGCGGUGUUCACCCUGUUGACGCCGGUUGCGGUUCUAUGGGGAGGAUCGACGGCUCUGAUAGUGCUUCGUGUCUGCAUGGGUUUGGGCGAAGGAGUGACGUUUCCGGCGUUGAACGCGAUGCUGGCGCAGUGGACACCGGCAGAGGAGAGAUCGAAGAUCGGUUCGUUGGUGUUCGCCGGUGCUCAGCUGGGCACGGUCGUGACCUCGUCGUUGUCGGGGUUGAUACUUCACUACUCGCCGUUGGGUUGGCCAGCCGUAUUUUAUCUGUUCGGGGCCGUCGGAGUGCUGUGGUUCGUCGUGUGGACGCUUAUUUGUUACAACAAUCCUGACGAGCAUCCCUUCAUUUCGGAACGAGAAAAGAAAUAUUUGCACGAACGUUUGCGAGAUCACACGAGCAAGGAACCGGCCUCGAUACCGUGGCGACACAUCCUCAAAUCGCCGGCUUUUCUCGCCCUGAUCGCGGCCCAGAUCGGCCACGAUUGGGGCUUCUUCACGAUGGUGACCGACCUCCCGAAAUACAUGAGCGGCGUGCUCAAGUUCUCGAUAAAGAGCAACGGCUUUUUGUCCUCGUUGCCGUACCUCUGCAUGUGGAUUUGCAGCAUCAUCACCUCCUGCCUAGCCGAUUGGCUCAUCGUCGCCGGCCACAUGUCGACGACGAACGUCCGAAAGCUCGGGACCACCAUCGCCUCGAUCGGCCCCGGGAUAUUCAUCAUCGCCGCCUCGUACUCCGGCUGCGACAAAACCCUCGUCGUCACCAUGUUCACCAUCGGCAUGACCCUCAUGGGAACCUUUUAUCCCGGGAUGAAGGUAAACGCUCUCGAUCUCAGUCCCAACUACUCGGGCACUCUGAUGGCCAUCACCAAUGGGAUCGGCGCCUUCACCGGGAUCAUAACGCCCCUGGUCGUCGGCGAGUUGGCUCCUGACGGGACUCGAGCUCAGUGGCAGCUCGUAUUUUGGAUCGUACUCUUCGUCCUCGCUCUCACCAAUCUCAUAUUCAUCCUGUACGCGAGCGGCGACACUCAGUUGUGGAACGAUCCGGAUUACCUGAGGAAGGAGCGGGACGAGAAGAGGCGAGAAGCGAGCGGCGAAAAAAUCGAGAAAAUCGUAAAGAAAGAUCGAAACGAGGAAAAAGAGAAGGGCACCGACCAUCACCAUUGAUCGCGGUUCCCCCGCCAAUAUUUUUUACACGCGGAAUUUUUAACGCCCGCUAAAGCAACCGCGAUUUUUACCAUCGUAUGGUUGACCAGCGUCCCGAGAAUCAUUCCAAUCGAAUGACAAGCUGCGCACCCACGACGAGGGCGAACAAAAACUCUCGAUUGUAUAACGCUCGUGAAGGAAUCGCGUUCCGUGUCUUGCACCGCCUCACCGCGCCCUCGGACAACCACGCCGAUCGAAUCUUCCGAGCUAUACCGAUUCGUCCUCAAUGCCACUAAUCUUAUACCAACCACCGAAUCGUUGUCGUGGCCAUCGCUCCGCCACCAAAUCAGGGAUGAGGAUGAAACAACUCAUCGCGAGGACCACGCGGCAGUGACUCAUCUUUAAGGGGGCGAUGCGACGAGUGAAGAGGCGCCGCGAAGACCGGAUCUCGUAGCAAGGACCAAGUGGCCUCGCGUAUCGCGAUCCCUCGCACGAUCAUUACGUGUACACGCUUCGAAGGUCCUUUUCCAUUGAUUUGCGGGGACAUAAUAUUCGCGUCGACUUUCGUACCGGCGCGACGGACGACGCGCCACAAAUAUUACUCUCGUUCUUGCUAGUCAUUGAACGUUCGGUCGGACGUGCUAAUAAUAUCGGAUCGAUUGAGUCAAGAAUUUCUAUCGGGCUUCCCCGGACCUUUUAAUCCACGACGAGGACGUCGCGCCGCAAUUCGCUACGCGAACAUUUUCAUCGGAACAUCCUCCAAACGGCCUGGAACAUUUAAAUUAAAUUCACGUUUUGUAUUAGUGAACAGAAUAAGUGAAAAUCGAGUGACGACGUUGCGAUCGUGAGACGUUCCAUCGCGUCAGCUUCGACCCUCAAUUCAUACUUUCGUUUAUCUUCUCAGUGUCCCCGAAAUUAUCAAUUUUAUCUUCGAGUAUACACCAAUUAAUCCCAGCCCUCGUAUCCAAGUGUUUUCUUAAGGUGAUCUAUCACUUGCGCGAGUGCGAGAGAGAUAACUGCAAAAUGAUUGCACGGUUUACUCGGACAUCCUUGAUUUUUUGAGAAAAAUAAAAGUUACAUCUUGUUCUCUGAUAAAAUGAGAAUAGCGCGUAACUCAUAUUUUCUUUCAAAUAUCAAGCUACUCGGAAUAAACCGUGCAACAGGAUUUUAACCGACUGAACAAGUGACAGAGCACCUUAAAAGCAUCACUUUUUCGAUAUCAUUGUAAGACAAUUUUCAAAAUUUCAUUUGAUUUAGUUUGGGAAAAAGUCCUUGAAUUAUUACCAUUGGACGAAUAAUCAUUCGUUGCUGAGACCAACGAGCAGACACACUUGAAACGGGGGCUCGCGACUGUACGAUUUGUUUUCAUGUGCCCAGGGUCUGCGAAUAAUACGAUUUUGUUUCCAAGUCUACUGAAGAUGAUCGGGAAGCAAAAUACUUUACGCGUAAUCUCAAAACGUAUAUAUAAAGUUAAUGCUCUUCUGAGAGAUUCUAUGUCGUUGAGCUCAGAAAUAUUGAGAGAUCAUUUUGUACAAAGGAAAAUAAAUAUGUAAAUAAAUAAAAAUUUUCUUGACCAAUCGCA